GUUCUUUUUUUUCGUAAUUUGUGAGAUUUUAUUUCACAUUUUAUUUAAAUUGUGACUAAAAUAUUAUAUUUAAUUGACUGUUAAACUAUCUGCAUAUUAGUGCAAAACGUUUUACAAUAAACACUCCUCAUCAAGUCCUCAUCUUCAAAAUUAUGGAACGACCAUCAUUAUUCCUAGUCGAAGAGAGAAUAAAGACAUUUAAAAAUUGGCCGUUCAGUGACAAAAACAAAUGUAACGUGCAGAAUAUUGCUGAGGCGGGAUUCUAUUCUGUAGCUACGGGCGAGGAUGACGCGGACGCUGCCAAGUGUUUUCUCUGUGGAAAGGAAUUGGACGGCUGGGAGGCCCAUGACGACCCUUGGGCAGAGCACAAGAGCCAUGCCGCUAAGUGCGCCUUCGUUCAGCUAGGGAAGAAGGAAGAUGAACUACUGCUUUCAGAAUUCCUGUCUGUCCUGAAACAGUACAUGAUAAAUGAGACAAAACGGAUUGCAGAAGUUAUACAUGAAAAGAUUGAUGAGAAGGCGAAGAGUGUAAGAAGAAAAUGCAUGGCUAAGAAAUGAUUUGAGAAGAAGCUUUAAAUUAUGGUAUUUCAAUUUAGGGAACUUGUAUAUAACUCGUUUAUCAUAAUUGUUUAAUGAAUCAUCUGCGCCUUCAGCUCAAUUUAUAUUUUUAAAUUGUAAUAAACAAAAAUGUACCUUAAAAUAAAUGAGGAGCUAGCAAAUAAAACUGGACAAGUCCACCAGAGUGCGUUUUAAGAUUUUUUUUUUUCAAAUCGUCUUCUCUUGACCCAUCUGCGUCA